UUUGCCUCCAGUCGUUGCUUUGUUUUGUUGCUAUGACAUCACAAACGAAAUGCCAAGGUUAGAGAAGUCACGUGAUCAAGCGGCAAUGGCCGGCACAAAGAGUCUUGGCGAAUGUGCUUGAAGGAAUCGACCUAAUAAUGUAGUUUCUUUUGAAGCUGAUUCGUCAUUUUAUCGAUAUACAGAUGUCUUUGGCAAUGCAUCGGACUUCCCUAGCUUCUCCGACUGGUGCUAUGAAACCGAGCCGUAUAUUUGGAUCUAGUUCAGUUGGUACAAGUUUAUCGUCGACUUACGGUAGUUCAACAAGGAUACCAAAACAAGCGCAUUCCUCCAGUUAUCGGCGUUUGCAUCCUGGGCCUGGUCCUCUGCCUCAUUUCAGCCAUCAAAAAUCUUAUGGUACGGACUCCACGACAACGUGGAGAAAAACUUCAAACGACUCUGGUUAUGCCAGUUCAGGUAGAAACAGUUAUACACAUGAAGAUUUGAAGAGUGGUCCUCUGCCGAAUAAACCUCAUAUUCUGGACAAAUCCGGCACACAUACCAGAGAGAUAAACUAUGUUGCUGCUUCAAGGGUCACACCGGCUGGUCAUUUCAGCCAUCAAAAAUCUUAUGGUACGGACUCCACGACAACGCGGAGAAAAACUUCAAAUGACUGUGGCUAUGCCAGUUCAAGUGGAAACAGUUAUACUUAUGGAGAUUUGAGGAGUGGUAAGAUGAAAUCACUCUCACAGCUGAAUUCUCAGUGGAACAAAGCAAGCGAUUUAUCAAGAUCUCCUCCAAACAGAUCAAGAAUGGAAUCGUCUAUGGAUGGGGUUAGCUCCCGAACAGGGCAUUCGUACACUCAGAAUCAUGUAGGAACCAAGGCAACGCUAAAUGGCGGUAGCAAUACAAAAAGUAGUAGUAGAGGUAUUUAUCGAUCGACAACUCGUCUGGACUACAAAGAUCCAAAGGAAGAUAGAAAGUCGCUGCACAAUGGUAGGCAAUCUCAUUCCUCGCACCUCAUUCCUCAUUCCUUAUCCAACGCUGAUACAAUCUCAGGAAAAGAAAAUUACAGUGUCAGAGAUGCAGACAAAACUCGCAAAGCUACCAUGACUGCUUUACCUGGGUCAGAUAUGAAGUGUGCUGGAAAUUCGUCCUUCAAUUCUUCGAACUCUUCCCCUUCCAAUUCGAUGACUAUGGAUGGCAAAUAUGUGGAAGACUUGUUGGAACCUCUGAAGAGUUCCUUUCAGGAGAUUCUGAUUACACAGCCGAAGGGGAAGCUAAAUGUCUCAACUGAAGGAUUGUAUGGGAAUGCUUAUUCUCUGGUGCUUCACAAGCAUGGAGAGAUGUUAUACUCUGGACUCCAGGAAGUUGUCACAGGACAUCUGGUAGAAAAGGUAUACCACGAUGUAAUGCUUUCACACGAUGACGAUUUCCUGGACACACUAAAUACUGCCUGGAGUAGAUAUCAGGAAUCGAUGAAGAACAUUAGUGUUAUCCUUUCCUACAUG